UGAACCUUCAAUUUCAAAAUCAUAGGCAUCAAUUUCCUUUUGUGCAAUAACUUCCACUCUUCUGUGUAGGCAGAUGCUGCAAACACCAGUGAAGAUUGAAGUGAAGCAGGAGAUAAAAGAAGAAAACACAACAGAGGAAGAACAGACUGAUGAAGAUGAUGAUGAAAACACAACAGAGGAACAACAGACUGAUGAUGAUGAACAGCAGAUGCUGCAGACACCAGUGAAGAUGUGUUCAGUGAAGCUGCUGGACUGCAGGAACCUGAUGAAGAUGAGAGGAGAAACCACAACAGAGGAACAACAGAGUGAUGAAGAUGAUGAUGAUUUUAUCCCUUCAGGAGGACAAAUGAUAAGGAUUAUGAUAAGUCGAGGGCUAGGAGCCGCAUCAACAUCGGCGAGGCUUUUCAGCCGUGGAGAGACCUCAGAGAGUAAAAGGCUUGAAGACGGAUGCAGAAGGUGCUCUUUCUUCUCGAUAGAGCUGAUGGAAGUGAGAGAAGAAUGUGAAGAGCUGAAGGAAGUGGAGGAGGAACAACAACAUGGUUUCAUAACUGGAGAAAAAUCUUUAAGUGGCUCAAAGACAGAAGACAAUUUCUCACCUAAAAAUCCUCGAAGAUCAGCCAAGAAAUCUUUCACCUGCUCUCAGUGUGGAACAUGUGUCACACGUAAAAGCCAUCUUAAUAUACACAUGAGAGUUCAUACUGGAGAGAAACCUUACACGUGCCAUCAGUGUGGAAAAGGUUUUGCAUAUGCAACCAGUCUCAAGAGUCAUCUCUUUUGUCACUCUGAAGAAAAGCCAUUUGAAUGUGAUCAGUGUGAUAAAACAUUUGUUCUGACACGGUACCUAAAAACACAUCUGAAAACUCACACAAAUGAGAAGCCAUACAAGUGUUCAUUUUGUGAAAAGUGUUUUGCACGCCUGUUCUAUUUGAAAAAGCACCAGAAAAUACAUGCCGGUGUGGCAGCUCAUAUGUGCUUUAAAUGUGGGAAGACCUUUACUACAGCUGGAAACUUGAAACAGGACAAAAUAAUUCAUACUGGAGUGAAACCAUACAAGUGCUCACACUGUGGAAAGAGUUUCACUCGGUCAGAAAACCUGAAAUCACAUGAGAGAAUUCAAACUGGAGAAUAACCUUACAAGUGCUCACACUGUAACCUUUAGCCUCCUUGUUAGUAGUUUGAAAGGCAGCCAAAAACCAAGUGGCAGAGAUCAAGAGUGAGUUCUUGAAGGGACAGGCUGAGGUCAUUAUCUAGGAAGGCAAUGAGAGUUAGGCGAGCAGGACCAAAGGGGCUGAGGCAGGAGACGAAGCCAUGGUAGAGUCGGACAAAGGACAGAAUCCGUCAAACUAGAUAAUGCAGGCCGAAAGACAGACAGACAAAGAUCAAAAUAGACAGCAAAAACUUUCAGGACUGACUAAGCAAACAGCACAAGACAGCAUCUAUCAUGAGGCAGCAGACAAUAAAUCUGGCGUGAGACAGCAGAGGGGGAAUAAUUAGGAAGCAAACUAAUCAAGGGAAGGUGGAACAGAUUACAAGCAGCUGCAAUAAUAAGGGUUAAGCAAAUCAGCAGGAGGAUUGUGGGAGCAAAUGUGAUCGCAGUCAUAUGGAGCGUAGCAUGAUUGUUGGUGCUAGAUUGGCAUUUUUUUGUAUUUCUGUAACUGCUGAUCUCCUGGGAUAUUUAUGCACAACAGUCUCUAGAAUUUACUCUUUCAAAAGUUUCCAGUGAACAGGAGUUCUGUCAUCAUAUGAUGGUGGUGGUGUAGUGGUCUAAAGCACAUAACUGGUAAUCUAGUAAUCAGAAAGUCGCUGGUUCGAUCCCCACAGUCACCACCAUUGUGUCCUUGAGUAAGGCACUUAACUCCAGGUUGCUCCGGGGGGAUUGUCCCAGUAAUAACUGCACUGUAAGUCACUUUGGAUAAAAGCAUCUGCCAAAUGCAUAAAUGUAAUGUAAAAUGCAUAAAUACCGUACAUUUGAUUGAAUAAGACGAGAUAAAAUGCGUUCACCCAAAAGUUGCUGGUUUAUGUUUUGGAGGAGAGUGUAAAUGAACUAUUGCCAGAAAAGCUUAAACAUGCGCGCUCCUCCAGAACUGGACCACGGACUGCUGAUGCUGGUGCACGUGUUGAGUGUUGUUAAACAAUCAGCUGCAGAAAGCGCUCGGAUGUUUACCGCCACCAUUUUAUCAAAAUCAUUCGGAAGGUCAGAUGAAAGUGAUUGGCUGGCGUCGUCUAAUCUCUGACUUACAUUAAAUAAAGACAUUACAUC